AUGGGAGCUUUCGAUCCUUUCAGGAGAUCGUUUCAUAAAUGUGCUCUUUUACACCGAGCCUUUUUAGAUUAUACUGUUAAAUUUAUUUAUGUUCGGUGGACUUACUUCUCAUUCUUGUUUUUUCUUUUUUGGACCUACGUAAUUUUCAAUUCUUCGCACUAUGUCAUUGCUUACAUGUACACCGUGUAUUUGUUAAGCCUAGUUAUGCGCUUUCUCACUCCCCUUAGCUUCAAAGACCUCUGUACAGCUCAUGAGGGAGCGAACUCUGGUACCAUUCUGCCUCUCUCUGAGCAGGAUGCCGCCAAUUCUUCGAAGAUUACCAAGGUGGGUUUCAGAUCCGCGGAGAAUGUCUACGAGUUUAAGCCCUUUCUUCGUCAGUUGAACGAGUUCACCUUUUGGCUUUGUGCCGUCAGGGUCUCCUAUAUCGCUCUUCUUUGUUUAUUUUCCGAUUUCUUGGACAUUGAUGUUUACUGGCCUUUGCUAGUUUUCUAUUUUAUUUGUCUGUUCACUGUUUCUUUUAACGAGCAGAUUCAGAAUAUGAUUAAGUACAAGUACGUUCCUUUUAACUUCUCUAAACGGAGUUAUGGUUUCAAGAUCGGGAAGUAG